AUGAAUCAGGAGAGUCUACCCCUAAAGCUACCUCGUCUACCCGCUUGUGCCUCGCCGACCCUGUCCGCCACUGCCCGCUGGCAGGCAGUGGUCCGCCGAGAUUCCACGGCCGAAUCAUUUGUGUACGCUGUGUUAACGACCAAAAUAUAUUGCCGGCCAUCAUGUCCAGCUCGCCUCGCCCGGCGAGCAAAUGUCCGAUUCUACGACACGCCCUCGCAGGCCGAAAACGCAGGUUUCAGACCCUGUAAGCGCUGCAAACCACAAUCCCUGCUGGCGGGUAAUCCUCAGGUUCAAGUGAUACAAAGGGCAUGUAAGACCAUCCAGUCAGAGAUAGCGACCGGCUCCAAACCGACACUGCGGGAGCUUGCUAGUCAGGCAUGCCUCACACCAAGUCACUUCCAUCGGGUGUUCAAAAAGCUCGUGGGCGUCACGCCCGGGCAGUAUGCUGUUGCAAUUCUCAAGGGCCCCUCUUUGGGUCCCCUGGAUGACUGCAGCCGAAAUACAAAUAUUACGGAGUUGAAAUCAUGCGGUGUUGGCCCUGAUGACCAUGAGCCUUUCUUAUCCAGCGGCUUGGAGAGUGAUGAUGUGUUUGAUCCUGGAGAUACUAUAAACUGGAAUGAUUUUGAUACUUUGAUAGCGGCGGAGGCUGAGUAUGUGUCUGAAUUUGAUGUACAAUAUAUGGACGACUUCAUCUCAUUACCCAAGGAAGAUGCCGCUGGUGCCGGUGAACACCAAGGCCAAGAUAUUGGUGAUGCCCUAUUGCAACACGAACAAACGAGUCGCCUAGACGGCGGCAUUCACCUCGCAGGUGUGGAAACUGUCAUGUCAUCCUGA